AUGGAGGUUCAAACUCACACCCACACUCUCUCCACCUUCGAUGUCAACCCCAACCCCAACGCUUCAUUCCCUUACGACAUUCAUCAUCCUCAAUUUCUGAGCUCCGACUACCCGACCCCGACAUUCCCCCUCUCCCCGCAAGAGCCGCCACAACCACGCCCCACCCUUGAGUUAUCGGAGCCUCACGCGCCGGGACGCGCGUGCCCUCAGACUACUGCUGCCCUCCAGGUGCAAAAGGUCUACCGGAGUUACCGCACACGGCGGAGGUUGGCUGAUUCCGCCGUCGUCGCUGAGGAGCUCUGGUGGCAAGUGAUUGAUUUCGCAAGGCUAAACCACAGUACCAUUUCGUUCUUCAAUUUGCCUGAGACUGCCGCAUCACGGUGGAGUAGGGUCAAACUCAACGCUUCCAAGGUGGGAAAGGGUUUGUCCCUGGACGCCAAAGCACAAAAAUUGGCUUUUCAACAUUGGAUUGAAGCUAUUGAUCCACGCCACCGCUAUGGGCAUAACUUGCAUUAUUACUAUGAAGACUGGUGCAAAACGGAUUCUGGCCAGCCAUUCUUUUAUUGGUUGGAUCUGGGAAAUGGAAAAAAUAUUGAUCUUAAACAUUGCCCCAGAUCGAAGUUCCGAAAACAAUGCAUAAAGUAUCUAGGACCUCAAGAGAGAGAGCAUUAUGAAUACAUUGUCUGCGAGGGAAAAAUUAUCCACAAGCAAUCUGGAGAUUUUCUGCACACAAAAGAAGAUUCUGAGGAUGCCAAGUGGAUAUUCGUAAUGAGCACCUCUAAGAAACUUUAUGCUGGCAAGAAAAAGAAGGGGUUAUUCCACCAUUCUUCUUUUCUGGCUGGUGGAGCUACCUUGGCUGCUGGAAGGCUGGAGGCUGAGCAUGGUGUUCUUAAGUCCAUCUCUGCAUAUAGUGGACACUAUCGCCCAACCGAUGAGGCACUCAACUCCUUCAUAUCAUAUCUCAAGGAAAAUGGAGUCAAGAUUGAUGAAGUUGAGAUUCGCAAUCCAAAAGAUGAUAGUGAUACUUACGAGGAUGGAAAGGUUAGUGAAAUAGCCACAGCACCUGAAGAUUCUAGCAAUGGUAAUAUACCAGAGCCUGGACUUUCUGAGGAAGCUGAGAACACCUCAUCUUCAAACAAUGUAGACCCUCAACCUGCAUCUGUUGCUAGUUAUAAACGGACACUCUCUGGUGGUCUUCAGAGUCCAAGGGCUGAGGUGCCCAAGAAUUCAAUAUUGCACAGAAUCAAUUCCAAGAAGGCAAAAUCUUACCAAUUGGGGCAUCAACUUUCACGUAGAUGGUCAACUGGGGCUGGACCUAGAAUUGGGUGUGUUGCUGACUACCCUGUAGAACUUAGACUACAGGCCUUGGAGAUGCUUAACCUUUCUCCAAAAUUUCCUCCUUCACCUUCCUCAUACAGGUUAGUGGGUGGUCUUGUGUCACCCACAGCUUGUCCAACACCCAACUGCACUAGAACUGAAACUGAUGAGAAUUCUCCUCAUUCAACUCCUGAAUGA